CAGGAGGAGGAGGAGAAGGAGGAGCAGCAGCAGGAGAAGAGCUCCGCUCAAGACCCACAUCCACAUUCGAGCAUCAGUCCUCGGCGGUGGGGUUUAGUGACAGAGGGACCGACGGUCGGAGGGACAGAGGGACAGAGGGGGGAGAAGGAUGUGUGCAGCGGUCCGGAGCGGAUGUUACCGGCUCUUUGACACCGAGACAUGAACGUGACGUGAUUAUAUCUGACGUGAACCGAAUGAUUCCGUUACCGGCGUCGUUGGAUGUCUUGUUUUUUUUUUUUCUUCCACGGAUGGAACCUGGAUCUGCACUGGAGCAUCGAUCCGCCGCGUGAGAGCUGAGAGCUGCUGAUCGUCUGUGUUUUUAGACAAUAAUCAAAGAAAAUUAGCCUCAAGACACUGUGGCAUCUCAUUAUUUCCACUCAUAUUUGCAAUAUGAAGCUGUGUAGCCAUUGUUCUUCAUGAUAUGAUGAAGAAGCCAUACUGAAUUUGAUAUUAUAAAUGAUAAAAAAUAAGAAAUCAAUGGUUGUACAUGUCAGAUAUUUAGGCUGAGAAGGAUUCAUAAUUGUUCAUAAUUUUGUAAAAAUAAUCAGAGCGCAGUCAUGUCAAAAAAUAAAAGCAGCGAGUCAGUGAAGGUGGUUGUGCGAUUGCGCCCUUUGAACCGCAAAGAGGAGUCCAACGGGCCUGCAGGGGGCAUCGUGCAGAUGGACCUGGGGCUCGGACAGGUGAUCCUCAGGAACCCUCGAGCAACGGCCAGCGAGCCCCAGAAAACGUUCACGUUUGACGGCGUUUACGACGCAAACUCCAAGCAGCGAGACCUGUACGACGAGAGCGUGAGGCCCCUGAUCGACUCGGUGCUGGCAGGGUUCAAUGGCACGAUAUUUGCGUACGGGCAAACCGGAACCGGAAAGACGUACACCAUGCAGGGCGCGUGGAUGGAUCCGGAGAAACGCGGCGUGAUCCCCAACGCCUUUGACCACAUCUUCACUCACAUCUCCCGCUCGCAGUCAGACAGGCAGUACCUGGUGCGGGCGUCCUACCUCGAGAUCUAUCGUGAGGAGGUUCGGGAUCUCCUCGACCCCAACCACGGCACUGCCAGAGCCCUGGAGCUCAGGGAGAGACCUGAAACCGGAGUGUACGUCCAAGAUCUCACGUCAUGUGUUUGCAAGAGCAUCAAGGAGAUCGAGGAGGUGAUGAACGUGGGGAACCAGGAGAGGGCGGUUGGGGCAACAGACAUGAACGAACACUCCUCGAGGUCUCACGCCUUGUUCCUGAUCACGGUCGAGUGCAGCCAGCCUGGACCAGAUGGGAGAAAGCACAUUCGAGUUGGACGCCUGAAUCUGGUAGAUCUGGCUGGCAGCGAACGCCAAGCCAAGACUGGCGUCCAGGGAGAACGUCUGAAAGAAGCCGCCAAGAUCAACCUCUCCCUGUCCGCUCUGGGGAACGUGAUUUCAGCGCUAGCAGAUGGACGUAGCAGCCACGUGCCUUACCGGGACUCCAAGCUGACCAGGCUGCUGCAGGACUCUUUAGGUGGGAACGCAAAGACAGUGAUGGUCGCCACUCUGGGCCCAGCCCCCCAGCACUACGACGAAACCCUCACCACCCUACGCUACGCCAACCGGGCCAAGAACAUCCAGAACCAACCGAGAGUCAACGAGGACCCCAAGGACGCCCUACUGCGCGAGUUCCAGAACGAGAUCGCUCGCCUCCGCGCUCAGCUCAACCACAGGAAGUGGAGGAGCAAACAGAAGAAGGAGCAGGUGGAGGGCGACGGCGACGAGAGCUGGGAGAGAGACGGGGACGAAGAGACGGAGGACGAGGAGCUGGAGGUGGAGAAGGACGCAGAGGACUACGUGAAGCUGGAGGAGCAGCGGUUGGAGAGGGAGACGGAAGCCAUCAGGGGCGAUCAAUUCAUGUUGGCCGAGGAGAAGCAAAGGCUGCUGGGAGAGAAGGAGAGGAUGAUGGGCGACCUGAGGAAGGAGCAGGAAGCCACCGAGCAGCUGACGGCCAAGUACAAGGCGAUGGAGAGUAAACUGCUGGUCGGUGGAAAGAACAUCAUGGAUCACACCAACGAGCAGCAGAAGAUGCUGGAGAUGAAGCAGCAGGAGAUCACUGAGCAGACUCGUCGGGAGCGAGAGAUGCAUCAGCAGAUGUUGGCGCAGGACGAGGAGACGCUGGAGCUGCGGGAGACGUUCACGUCCCUGCAACAGGAGGUGGAGGCCAAGACCAAGAAACUCAAGAAGCUGUAUGCUAAGCUCCAGUGCAUCAAAGCGGAGAUCCAGGACGUGAACGACGAGCACGUGAGGAGCCGACAGGAGCUGGAGCAAACUCAGAACGAGCUCACCAGAGAACUCAAGUUCAAGUACCUGAUCAUAGAGAACUUCAUUCCUCCGGAGGAGAAGAAUAAGAUCAUGAACAGACUGACCUUUGACCCCGAGGAGGAUCAGUGGAAGUUCCAGCCUCUGGUUCCUGCUGAAAGUAAAUCCUCACAGAUGAAGAAAAGGCCGUCGUCUGCCGUCGGUUACAAGCGACCCAUCACCCAAUACGCCAGGGUUGCCAUAGCGAUGGGAGCCCUCUCCAGAUACAGAGCGGAGAACAUCAUGUUUCUGGAGCUGGACAUGACUCCUCCAAACGCCGCCUCGCUCGAUCGCUGGACGGAGGCGGAGCCAAACCAAAGUUCCUCUGUGGACAGCUCGCCCACCAAGGACAGAGGCGUCCACAAGUCUCGCUCCUGGUGUCAGAAUCCUAAAUCCAUCCCUUCGUCCUCCUCUAAUGUUUCCUUGUCGGCGUGUCACGCCGCCGCCGCCGCAGCACAGUAACAUAGUUUUAUUCAUUUAUUUUUAUUUGUAUUCUUUCUUUUGUUGGACACUGAGAGGUCACACGGGAAAAACAAGGAAAAUAUUGAAUUAAAUGAACAAUCAUCACAUUCAAAGACCCAGAUUACCUUCUUUUCCUGCAUGUUUGAGAGCCGAGAGCAUCGGAUUAUUUAUGGUCAGAUUACAGCAGUGUGUGUGUGUGUGUGUGUGUGUGCUGUACAUACAGGGCUGUAUGGUGUGUUUUUAAUUCAGAUACAAAUGUAAAAGCUGAUCAAAAAACAUGCUUGGAUUUCCUGUAAUAAUAAUAAUAUCAGUCUGUGUAAAUAUUCUACAUGAAUGUGAGGUUGUUGUUGGGUUUAUUUUGUGAAAAAGAACGUGUCCACUGUCCGUUUUCUUCAGAGAGCAAUUAUUUGCAUCGUCCAUAAUCAAUCUGUCGAUAUUCAAUAUUUCAUUGAUUGAAUCGAGAAAGUAAGCCGAGUUUGGUCCAUAAAAUGUCAUAAAACGUUCUCAUUUUGUCCUAAAAAUCAAAUAUCAUUCACUUUGAUUGAUUUCUUUUUGUUGUGGAGCAAAGAAACCAGGAAAUAUUCACAUUUAAGAAGCGGAAUUAGUUCCUCUGUCCACUGUGUCUAAUUUAUGAGAAAUGCCUUAAAAUAAUCUGAAUUAAGUAAAAGAAAAUGUUGAGGCACGUCACUCUUAUUAUGUAAUCUAUUAGCUGGAAUAUAGAGAAGUAUAAAACAACACACUUUUAAGAUAACCUCUGACAAAAGCUAAAAGUGAAACGUAAUCUGGAGGUUCUUGGAGAUUAUUCUGUUCUUGUGUCAUUUCUGCCACUAAUGACACAGAUUUUCCACUGGUUUACAUGUGGUUUUAAACACAGACAGAACUCUUUUAUGACCGCUGUGCUGGUGGAAAAAAUAAGAAAGUGAAGCCUGAUAUUUAAUAAGUCAUCAAACCGUCUUUGGCACAGAAGCAUUUUCAUUCGCUGUGGAUGAAAAAAAGGCACAGAAUGUGGACAAGAUUACAGAUUUGGAGGCUGAUUCUCUCUUAAAUCACUCUUUGUUUGAAUUUGCAAUGAUUUGAGAUGUUAGGUCAGAAAAUGUUAAAAAAAGAUAUGUUAAAAAAUGUUCCCCUUAAACUCAGUAUGAUGACGGUUUAAUGAGAUUCAUGAUCUUCAUGAAUUAAAUUAAAGGGAAAUUGUGAAAUAUGUUGGUCUAUAUUCACACUGUGUUGCCUCUGCGGUCUGAAUUUAAGGUUUUGUCAUGUGUCAUUUUAUUAUUUUAUGGCCCUCAUCUACUGAAUAGUUGCUUUUUCCUCAUAUUUAUAUUAUUAUGAUGUCAGAAAAUGUUAAAAAAUGUUGACCAAUGUUCCCCCGAAACUGAAAAUGACGUCUUGUGUUGUCCACAAUCCAAAAAAAGGAUCCAGUCUUUAAUGACUUCUUCCUCAUUUGGAGCAAAGAAACUAAGAAAUAUGAUCUUCACUGAUCCCUUUAAACCUUUUGCUGCAGUGACUCUUUGGUGUGGUUUUAUUUUUAUAUUUUUUUUACCUCACUGCAUCUGCGGAACAAACGUUUGAAUGUAGCUCUCGCUCUCUCUCCACUCUUGUGACCUUUUGUCAUAAAUAGAUUCUUUGGCUAAUUAUCUAAUUAUCACUGUAUCCCUCCACCCCCCACUGAGUGUAAAAGAGCACAGAACAGCCCUUUAAAACAGUAUAACAUAGUAUAAAAGUAUAAAAGUGCACUGGAAACUAUACAGGGUUUUAUUUCACUCAUGUGUGUGUGUCUAUGUGACGUUUAGUCGGUGUAAAAACUUUAAUUGUUGACAUAAGAACAAGAAAAGUUCAUUUUAAAUUAAAGUUACUUGUGACAUUUACUCGUUCUUUCAUGUUUAAGAAAAGUUUAAUUUCUCCAUUUGUUCCUCUAUUUGCUCUAAAUCACUCAAAAGAUACUCAGUUACAUGUGACUUAACCAGUAAAAUUGAUGUCCUAAUCUGGAUAAAUCAACUUUAUUUGAAUUGACUAAACAGGGCGUGAGGCUUUGUGAUGACACACAGUGUCUUGGGUGAUUAUUAUAUGUGGAAAUAUAACAGAAUAUUGUGUUUUUUUUUCACACAAAAACUUAAUUUUAGGUUAAAUCCUGCAUCAUAAUUACGCGUCACUCAUAGUAAUUUUGCUAAUAUAGGUAUAUAACUCGUGUUAUUGAGUGACUAAAAUGACUCAAUUACUCAAAUUUGUCAAAAGCUGUCUCAAAAUUCCACUGUUACAUCUGUUACCAAAAUGAUGAAUUAUUAAUAAUAUGAAUUAAAUUAUAGAUUAAUAGUUAAAUAUGUAUGUUUAUUAUUCAUAUUGCCCUUAUCUACUGAGCAGUUGCUUUUUUCCUCACAUAAAUAUUGUAGAAUAUUAGUCUUUUCCAUGAUAGUGUCAUAAUUCUACACAUAUUCAUUUUAGAAUCAUAUCUAACAGUUAAGAAAGUGGAAAAUGGUAAAAGAGGGAACCAGAAAAUGUGCGAUUUUUGUGAUGACUUUAUUUCACCAGGUUUCCACAUUAAAAUCUUU